GGGGGUUCCCUGGGAGAUACUGCAACGAGGCCUUAGUUGAAGAAAAACAUCCGAUAUGCUAUGAAAUUAAAGGUAAUAAAAUCUCCAAAUGAAAAUGCUGCUCUGACCAAUGCAGUUUUUUGUCAUCCCAACCUUCUUAAAUCAAGCUAUAUAGAAGUUCGUACCAGUGAACAUCCGACUCAUAGUUUUUUUUUUACACUCCUCGAAGACUCAAAGAUACCUUCUGACUCAAUAGCUUUUUCUUAUCAUCAAAGAAAUUGGGCCGAACUUGCUUUAAACGUAGAAGUUGACGUUUUCCCUUUUGAUAUCUCAAAAUAUAAAAAUGGCAACUAUUAUUUGAAACACAUAAACCUUGAAAUCGACUUUUUUCAAAAGAAACAAAAAUCUCCUGCUGAACCUUUCGACGCCAAAACAAUGGCUGCAGAAUUUGUACAGAAAUUCCCCAAUCUUCUUUUAAGUAAAGGACAGUUAUUGCUACUGGUACACAAAGGAAUCAAAUUAGAUUGCAGAGUAGAAACUUUGGAAGUAAUGGAUUUAGAAAAACUUAAAAACUCCAUGGAGGACGGCAGUCACUCUGAAGUUGGAGAGCCUUCCGAUCUUGGAGUACUCAUGUCGCAAACAGCCGUUGACUUUGUUAAGGCGGAAGGAUCUGCUAUAAAAAUUAAAGGGACUGCUGCGGGUAUUUGCGCGGUGAAUCUCAUCAAUCCCGAUUGGAAUUUUGAGCAAAUGGGGAUUGGCGGACUCGAUAAAGAGUUCCGCACGAUAUUCCGGCGGGCCUUUGCCUCGCGCGUGUUCCCACCGGACUUAGUCGCCCAGCUUGGAAUCCAACAUGUGAGAGGGAUUCUUCUUUAUGGGCCCCCCGGGUGCGGUAAAACUUUAAUGGCUAGACAAAUCGGAAAGAUGCUCAACGCAAGGCCGCCCAAGAUCGUGAAUGGUCCCGAUAUAUUGAAUAAGUACGUCGGUCAGUCCGAAGAAAACAUAAGAAAAUUGUUUUCGGACGCCGAAAAAGAGGCGGCUGAACACGGCGACUAUAGCGCUCUCCACAUCAUUAUUUUCGAUGAGAUUGAUGCGAUUUGCCGCCAACGCGGAAUGUCGCUCGGCUCUACAAGCGUCAGCGACAACAUCGUCAACCAGCUUCUGGCGAAGAUCGACGGCUACGAACGUCUAAACAAUGUUCUUAUCAUCGGGAUGACAAACCGUGCGGAUCUUAUUGACAGCGCUCUGCUCCGCCCUGGGCGACUCGAAGUCCAGAUGGAGAUUGGUCUUCCGGACGAGAAGGGGCGCCUCCAGAUCCUUUCGAUCCACACUCAAAGCAUUAGAGACAAUGGCUUGCUUAGCCCAGACGUGUCUCUGGAGGAACUGGCAGCUCUUUCCAAGAACUACAGCGGAGCAGAGAUAGAAGGCGUCAUCAAGGCCGCCUCCUCUUAUGCCUUUUAUCGCCACGUGGAUAAUAAAGAAUUCGGGAAGGUCGAUGUUGAAUCCCUCAAGCACAUGAAGCUCUACAGAGCGGACUUUGUUUCUGCGUUUGAAGAUGUAACUCCUUCAUUUGGCGUACAAGAAGCCGACUUCAAAGAUUGCACCCAAAACGGGAUUGUCACGUGGGACUCAGACAUCGAACACAUCAUCGAAGAGGGCCGGCUCUACUGCAAUCAAGUUCAGAACAGCAGCCGCACUCGCCUCGUUAGUUUGCUCAUCGACGGGCUGCCAGGGGCUGGUAAAACUGCUCUUGCCGCUACGAUAGCGCUGAACUCGGGUUAUCCCUUCAUCAAGUUGGUGUCUCCCGAGCAGUACGUCGGGAUGUCGGAGGCUUCCAAGUGCGGGGCUAUCACCAAGACUUUUGAAGAUGCGUACAAGUCUCCGCUGAGUCUCAUUGUUAUAGACAAUAUCGAACGCCUUUUAGACUACGUCCCGAUAGGCCCCCGCUUUUCUAAUAUGGUCUUGCAGACUCUUCUAGUGCUGAUUAAGAAGCAGCCCAAACAGCAUCGCCGCCUUUUUGUUAUUGGCACUACCAGCCAACGCGGCACAAUGGUCGACUUGGGAGUGCUGCAAGAGUUCGACGCGCAUGCAACUGUUCCUUGUUUGUCGCUCCCAGAACAUGUGGCCUCUGUAGUGAAAGAGAUCAACCUUUUCGAAGGCUCUGAGAUUAGUCGCCUCGCCCAACUGCUUCGAGCCGAACAGCUCAACUUCCGACUUGGCGUCAAGCCUCUUAUUAUGAUAUGCGAGAUGGUAAGACAAGACCCGCAGAUGAGUGCAGAGACAUUUCUCAUGUAUUUCAGGGAAGAAGUUAUUAAACUCCAAUAUGCAUAACUUGAAACGUUCUAUCUGUUUAAACAUUGCUGCCCUGAAUGUAAAAUAGUAAUAAAAUAAAUUGUAAUCA